AAGAUCUUGUUCUGAAUGUCCUCCAUUUCUACACCAGUCAAUGCAAAAUUCAAUCAUAUCUCAGUAUUCGAGUAUCGCGCCUCAUGCAGGAGCAUCGAUAUCCUUUAAUGCCCCCAAACGAAAAUGGUCCUCAGUCUUAUCGAGCAGCGAUUCUCCGACUCCUUUCCAUGACAAUUUUCUUAGUCAAAUUGAACAGCAUCAACCGCGAUAUGAUGCAUCAGAAAGCAUCACACCAGUUUACAAAAAUCCAUCCGCUUUAAUCGUACCAUUGCGGUUUCCAACUCUUGAUAAAGGAAGUGCGCGUAGCCUUUCUCGUUCAAGUUCCUCUUCCCAGGUUCCGACCAGGGAUCCAUCACCGAGUACACAUUCUCAAGAGACCAAUACAUCAGGAGACCGAUCAUCUGCGAUAUCGUUUUCAUUGAUUGUUGGAGUACUAGCAUCCGAAAUGAUGUCCGUUAAAGAAGCGAUUCUCAAAUCGAUAAGUUCCAAGUUGUUAGAACCAUGCGGGCAGAAGUGGCCAGUUGACGAAAAGUUUUCGAGCUUUGUAUACCAGCAGCUGCAAACCCAUCUAAAAAAGGAAACACCACAAGGUCAAAAUAGCGCACAGCUAGUUCGCUCUGAUGAUCCUGAUGUCCGUAACGCUGUAGAAUUUUACUGCUUGCUAGUAGCGUUCAUGACCGUCUACGUUUCAUUUUUAGAGGUAUCCACAUCAUUGAUGGCGUCCAAAGAAUCACUGGGCUUCCUGGCUCUACCGUUCGAAACCAUCAUGAAUAGCUUCGAUCCCUUCGAUAACAUCUUCCACGACGCGUCAGAGGAUAUGUAUUUUUGGUACUAUGUCGAGCAACGGUAUUUUUUGGGUUCAGUCACGUCAAGCAUCUGCAAAGAACUACAAGUGCUAAAUUUUACCGUUGAAAAACCUCACCAGGCCGAAGCUAUCUUGUCAUCCUUUUACACAAACCAUCUUCUACGGUUCGCAGCACAAAGGCACCAGAAAGACCAUGGACAAUUCUACACUCCAACUUCAGUAGUGGAUUUCAUGUGGACAACUUGUAUGAAGGACGAUGCUGACUGGGUGUCCAAUGUUCUCCAUUCAUAUUGCCCAAGCGUGCUGGAUCCAUGCAUGGGCACGGGUAGCUUCCUGAGCAGCUACAUAGAGCGAAUAGUUCAGUGUUUACAAGAAAGAAGCACGUCGUGGGACAACUCAGAUGCUUUAAAAACGAUGAUCAAUUCCAUGUGUAGCAAUAUUUGGGGAAUCGAGAUUGAUCAUUUUGUAGUACAGCUGGGCAAACUCAAUGUCAUGCUUCACAUUUUCCCUCUUUUGUGUCGCUGGAUGAGUAUAACGGGACAACCUUUAGACUUUCGAUUACCAAGGCUCAACCUCUUCUGUAAUGAUAUUUUAACGCUGUCGUUACCUCCGGCCACCAAUCACUUCAAUAAUUGGGAGUUCGAACAGCUCAAAAAAUUGAGAGACCCUGAAGUAUUAAAAUUCGAGUACAUGGUCACCAACCCACCUUACAUGAUUCGAAAGACUGGAUUUAUAUCCGUGCCAGAUACUUCACUGUAUGAUAUGUCUCUUAUUGGCGGAAGAGGAACGCAAGCUUAUAUGUACUUUAUGUGGAUUUGCUUGCAGCGUUGUCAUCCACUUCGGGGUAGGCUAUGCUUUAUCACUCCUAGCCAGUGGAUUCUUUUAGAGUUUGCCAAAAAUUUGAGAUCUUGGCUUUGGAAGAACUAUAUCCUUGAUGUCAUCUAUCAGUUUGAGCCUUACAAGGUGUGGCCAAAGAUACAAACGGAUUCACUCAUUUUCCGAUUGCGACCAAGAUCUGCAGCCCACCUAGAAGAAGCAUGCACUUUAUUUUUGCGGCAUGAAGAUCGGACAUUGACUCUUGACAGCGUUCUGAGCGACUACCAGUCCUUCAUUUUUAAAGACCCUACUACCCAUACACGGAUUUCAUACAGACUGACACCAGCAACUAUUGAUGCACUGGAAAAUGUGAAAGACUGUUCGUUUUCCUCACUUACUCCUGCUUCUCCUGUUUCUGAACAAAUGAAGCAACUCACACAAGACUUCAUCAAGAUUUGUGGUGGCAAGAAUGACUCUUCUGGAAUCCAGUCACCUUUACUAUGGAAUCGAGGACCUAACACCAACCCUGUAUAUGCUCUGCUAGUUCGCACCGAGUGGGCUCUUAAAACAUUCGGUACUGAUGUCGUCGAAAAAUGGAUGCGACCAGCCAUAUACUGGAAUGGAAAGCGGGAGAAUAGCACGACUGGAAAAAGCGAGAGCAAAGAAAUACUUUUUUGGAAGGACAGAGAUCGCUUGCGUGUUAGUCACAAGGAGAAUUCGCCAGCAGAAGCUUAUGUUCCAUUUCGCUUUGAAGACUUGGCGAAUGAAGACAAACAUUACUCUAUGAUAUUAGUAGACAGCGCUAAUGCAUCCAUCCUAGAACGUGAUGGAACAGAUCAGCCAUUAUACCAGUAUCUAAAGGAUGCAAGGGAGAAACUGCAGCCUAAGCAAAUCGACAAGGAGAUUGCUUGGUGUCCAUUCCGACAGUGCGGUAUAGAAAGUCCUAUCAAGAUUGUUCAUCCUAUCAACUUUGGCUAUUUUUCACGAUCCCAACCUCGUCAACGGUUUUUCUUGGACACUCGUAGACAGUGUGUUACCAACCAAUGCAUGUACUUUACCAUUCAACCCACGACAGCUAUUCAAGACCCUUUAUUCUAUUUGGGCCUUUUGAACUCUUCCACGGUUCAGUUCUUCAUCACCAUCCAUUGUUGCUACGAUCAGCAAGGACGUACAAGAUUCUUUGCUAAAAAUAUGGCAAAUAUUCCUUAUCCACCCUCUCCGUCUUUUGAACUGGUGGCCAUAAUGGUCAAACUCGUUUCGAGAAUAAGCAGCGUCCGAUCCAUGGUCUAUAUGGUUGCUAGAGAAAGACGCAUGCGCAUACUUGUUGAGAAGUUACGCCAAGGCAGAUGGGAUCUAAGUUGUACUGCCUGUGAUAAAUCCAAUCACACUUCUUCUGAACAUACUUCGCCAGUUGGGCAACCAGUGGAGGAGGAUAUCAGAAUAUGUCCAAACAAAAACAUCUGCAGCUGUCUUCGAGUGGCGUCCCUCCUUCAAUACGGUGUUGAUCAACUGAGUUACCUCCUAUACGGCGUACCCGUCGAUACACAAUUAGCGGUGGAAAGCGAGCUUUCCAUCGGCACUUUCACGGAUUUCGAGACCGUAUUUCCGCGUCAGGACGCAAUCAUACCAGCCUGGUACGAUAGAAUCAUUCAAUACUCUGACUUAAUCCUCUCAUCUGUAGAUCUGUAAAAAAAAAAAAAAGAAAAGGGUAACUUUAUGUAGAUUAUAAUUUUUGUGCCGCCUCCUAUAGGAGAUGUCCAUCCAUAUCUCAGCCUUCAUUUUCCUGACGUUUUUGCGUGUUUUGUUCCAGCCAUGUUACCGAUCAUCUGGGAAUGAAC